AUGGCUCCGCCCCGCGCCGGCGCCGGCGCCGGCGCCGUGCUGCUCGUGGUGGUGGCGCUCCUCUUCGUCGACGCAGCAGCGGCCGGCGGCGGCGGCAUGAAGAUGGCGACACACGGCGAGGGCGCGAAUCUCAAGGCAUCUCCCGGCGCGUCCGCGCCGUCUGCGGCGGGCGGCUCGGCGGAGCAGUUCCGGGGCAAGGCGCGGCUGCCGAGCUUCGCCGCGCCGCGCCGCUACGAGCUCUUCCUCCGCCCCGACCUCGUCGCCUGCACCUUCUCCGGCUCGGUGGCCAUCUCCGUCGCCGUGUCCGCGCCCACCCGCUUCCUUGUGCUCAACGCGCUCGACCUCUCCGUCAACCGCGCCUCCAUCCGCUUCCAGGCUUUGGCGCCCACGGAGGUGGUGUUCUUCAAGGAUGACGGUGUGUUGGUGCUCGGGUUCGCCAAGAAGCUGCCCCUCGGCGAGGGCGUGCUGAAGAUGGACUUCACCGGCAUUCUCAACGACCAGAUGAGAGGCUUCUACAGGAGUAAGUACCAGUAUAAGGGGAAAGAGAGAAACAUGGCGGUGACGCAGUUUGAGUCCGUGGAUGCUCGGCGGUGCUUCCCCUGCUGGGAUGAGCCCGCAUUCAAGGCUAAGUUCAAGCUAACACUUGAAGUUCCAUCUGAGCUGGUAGCGCUGUCCAACAUGCCAGUAGCUAACGCGACAUUUGCUGGUCCUAUCAAAACUGUGCGUUACCAUGAAUCGCCACCUAUGUCAACUUAUUUAGUGGCCAUAGUUGUCGGUUUGUUUGAAUAUGUAGAGGGUAUGACAACAAAAGGCACGAGAGUUCGUGUGUACACUCAAACUGGUAAGAGUAACCAAGGGAAGUUUGCACUAGAUGUUGGAGUGAAGUCGUUGAAUCUCUAUGAAGAUUACUUUGCCACUCCAUAUCCACUCCCCAAGUUGGAUAUGGUUGCUAUCCCUGAUUUUGCUGCUGGAGCCAUGGAGAACUACGGAUUGGUCACUUACCGGGAAGUAGCUUUGCUUUUCGAUGACAAGUCUUCAUCAGCAUCCAGCAAACAGAAUAUUGCAAUUACUGUGGCACACGAAUUGGCUCAUCAAUGGUUUGGCAAUCUUGUAACCAUGGAAUGGUGGACUCACUUGUGGUUAAAUGAGGGAUUUGCUACAUGGAUGAGCCAUCUAGCAGUAGAUUCUUUUUUUCCACAAUGGAAUAUCUGGGCACAGUUUCUUGAUCCCACAACCACUGCUCUCAGGCUGGAUUCACUCGAGGCGUCUCAUCCUAUUGAGGUUGAAAUACACCAUGCCAGUGAAGUUGAUCAGAUUUUUGAUGCUAUUAGCUAUGACAAGGGUGCUUCUGUUAUUCGCAUGCUACAAAGUUACCUUGGCGCAGAGCGUUUUCAGAAAGCAAUGGCUUCAUAUAUGAAGAAAUAUGCAUACUCAAAUGCUAAAACCGAGGACCUUUGGGCUGUUCUUGAAAAGGAAACUGGUGAACCUGUCAAGGAUUUAAUGACUACAUGGACGAAGCAAAAAGGUUAUCCUGUUAUUAAUGCAAAAAUUAAAGGGAAUGACAUAGAGAUUGAGCAGGCCCAGUUUUUGUUAGAUGGGUCCUCUGGCUCUGGCAUGUGGAUUGUCCCUAUAACUUCAGGCUGUGGUGCAUAUGAUACAGAGAAAAAGUUGUUGUUGAAACUUAAACAUGAUAAGCUGGUCAUUGGUUCACAAUGUGGUGACCGAAAGAAGGGCGGAAACUUUUGGACUAAGUUGAAUAUAAAUGGAACCGGAUUUUACAGAGUUAAAUAUGACGAUGAGCUUGCAGCUGCACUUCAAAAUGCGUUGGAGACCAAGAAGCUCUCACUAAUGGAUAAAAUUGGCAUCGUGGAUGACUUAUAUGCGCUUUCUAUUGCCCGCCAACAAACAUUUGCGUCGUUGCUACAUUUACUCUACGGUUAUCGUGGGCAAGCUGAUUAUAGUGUUCUUUCACACAUAAACACUGUAACCACAAGUAUUGCUAAAAUAUCUGCUGAUGCUACUCCUGCCUUGGCUGGUGACAUCAAGCAACUUUUGAUCAAGAUUCUUUUGUCACCUGCAGAAAAGUUAGGCUGGGACCCCAAGAAGGGUGAGAGCCACCUGGAUGUAAUGCUUAGACCACUGCUGUUGACUGCACUUGUCCAACUUGGACAUGGUAAGACCAUUAAUGAAGGAGUUAGGCGCUUUAACAUCUUCACACGUGAUCGCGGCACUUCUCUUCUUCCUCCGGAUACUAGAAAGGCCGCAUACCUCUCUGUGAUGCAGAAUGUUAGUAGUUCAAACAGAUCCGGUUAUGAUGCUCUCCGAAAAAUCUACAAGGAGUCAGCUGAAGGGGAGGAAAGAUUACAAGUCUUAGGCAUAUUAUCUUCUUGCCGGGAUAAUAGUAUCGUCCUUGAAUCACUGAAUUUAAUUUUCACUAAUGAGGUUCGCAAUCAAGAUGCAUAUAUUCUCCUUAGAGGUAUUCAACCAGAGACACGUGAAAUUUCGUGGAACUGGUUGAAGGAAAACUGGGAGGGCAUCUCAAAGAUAUUUGCCGGGAGCUUGGUUACGGAUUUUGUUAAAACCAUUGUUCCAUUGUUCACCUCCAACGAGAAGGCCGCAGAGAUCUCCAAGUUCUUUGCAACGCGCACAAAGCCUGGAUUCGAGAGGACGCUGAAGCAGAGCCUUGAAAACGUGCGGAUCAGCGCGAGAUGGGCCGAGGGCAUCAGGAGUGAGCCCGGGCUUGCACAGACGGUGCGUGAGCUCCUGGCCAAGCCCUGA